GUUCUUUCAGUCGGCCGUCAUUUAAUCCAUUGGUCGGACUUGCGGAUCCGCAGAUCUCGCUGUGACAGUCGCUUUUGUGGCUGCGGCUGUGAUCUCCCGGCCUCAAAUCAUCUCAUUCCUGGUCCGACACGCGUCGCCAAAAACAGAGCGAUAUAAUUCCGCUCGUUAAAUUAUAAUUUCGUAUUUAUUAUAUCGUAUAUUCGCGCUACUAAAUCUAAAUGCCGUUUUAAAGUGCCUGAAAUAUGUUUAAGCUCUUUAACAAAACAAUGGCCAACUAAAAAAUAAUCGGCUUAAAGGUGUCAAUUAAUUGAACAUUUUGGAGGUGCUAAAAUUACUUAAAUCGAAACGUGCCAAUCGCUCGAAAUUCAAUAAAAAAUUCACGAUGCGAUUCAAUUUCUCCACCCACUCGGCGGCGCCCACCUCAACGGCCACAACAACAACGCAGGCAAAUGGCGGGGACAAGGCCGCCCAACCGCUGAAGAAGUCCGUCGAGCCGGAUCCCGAUUCGCUGGACAGUGUGAUCAGCAAUCCGCACUCCUAUCCCAUCACCAUUGUGCCCAAUCGGCCGACCAGCUACUUUGGCCUAACACAAAAUGGCAAGCCGUUUCCGCGCCAACCGAGCUGCAGAUCUCGCAAUUUCCGGCCUGGCAGCAUGCGGCGAGUUCGCAGGCGGGCGGUGUUUAAAAACGGCGACUGCAAUGUGGUGCAGAAGCACCUGCAAAGGCGCCGCGUGCGCUUUCUGCAGGACAUGUACACCACCAUGGUGGACUGGCAGUGGCGGUGGACUCUGUUGGCCUUUGCCCUCAGCUUCAUCCUCUCGUGGCUCUUCUUCGCGCUCAUCUGGUGGCUAAUCGUCUACACACACGGUGAUUUGGAGGAGCUGCACAUGCCCCAUAACCAAGAGGAGUCUGGCUGGGCGCCCUGUGUGUCGGCCAUUGAUGGGUUCACUUCCUGCUUCCUGUUCUCCAUCGAAACGCAGCACACAAUCGGCUACGGAGUGCGCACCACCUCGCCCGAGUGUCCAGAGGCUAUCUUCAUGAUGUGCUUCCAGUCCAUCUUCGGCGUGAUGUCAUCCGCUUUCAUGGCCGGCAUUGUGUUCGCCAAGAUGACGAGGGCCAAGCAGCGGGCACAGACCUUGUUGUUCUCCAAGCACGCGGUUAUUUGUCAGCGGGACGGCUGCCUUUCGCUGAUGUUCCGGGUGGGCGACAUGCGCAAGUCGCACAUCAUUGGAGCCGGGGUGAGGGCUCAGCUUAUACGGACGAAGAGCACCAAGGAGGGCGAGGUAAUGACGCAGUACUUCACGGAACUGGAAAUCGGCACCGACGACUCCGGCUCCGAUCUGUUCUUCAUCUGGCCCAUGGUCAUCGAGCACAAGAUCGAUGAGAACUCACCGCUGUACAACUUGAAUGCCACCGAUAUGCUGCAGGACAAAUUCGAAAUCGUGGUAAUCCUCGAGGGCACCGUGGAGUCUACCGGCCAGAGCACCCAGGCCAGAUCCAGCUACAUUAACACCGAGAUCCUGUGGGGCCACCGCUUUGACCCGGUGGUGCUGUACAACAAGGACCUGCAGGCCUACGAGAUCGACUACGGUCGCUUCAACGAAACCACCCAGGUGGACACGCCGUUGUGCAGUGCCCGCGAAUUGAACGAGAUCUACAAGAUCCAGGAGGGAUUCCGCACACCAGCAGAAACCACCUUCACCAUGCGUCAACUGUCCCACAAUCAUUCCGAUCAGGCCUCUUAGAGGACGAGGUCCAGUGUUUGCUCUAGUUAGUAACCGUUUUUGUCCUAUCUUCCCCCUCGAUCCAGUCGGGUUACUCCUGCAGUUCCGGCUAUCAGACACCUGGAAGGCAAAGCCGCCUGCGCUGGCAACUCUCGGUGCCCUUGUAGUGUGCUUCCCCGACCAUCAAUACUUAAAUGUACGAGUUCCCCUACGAAAAUAAGUUAAUAAACGCUUUAGUUUGAGUCUA